AUGUCGUCAAUCUACAAUCUCGAGCCGCAGCCGACGGCAUCGGCCAUUAUGCAUACGACAUUGGGCGACAUCUCGGUUGAACUUUUCGCAAAGCAAACGCCACUCACCUGCCGCAACUUUCUGCAGCUCGCCCUCGAUGGCUACUACGACAACACGAUUUUUCACAGGCUCGUCCCGGGGUUCAUCCUGCAGGGAGGCGAUCCGACCGGUACUGGCAACGGAGGAGAGUCGAUUUAUGAUGGAGGCGCUUUCAGCGGCGAGCUGGAUCCCUGGCCAAUGGACGAGCGACGAGGACACAACGCCGGUCCCACGGGUGUCGGAUUCAAGGACGAGUUCCAUUCGCGAUUGAAGUGGAACCGGCGCGGGCAGCUGGGAAUGGCGAACGAGAGCAAACCCGAUACCAAUGGCAGCCAGUUCUUCUUCACUCUCGACAAGGCCGAGGAGCUCAACAACAAGAACACGCUGUUCGGGCGAGUCGCGGGCGACACGAUUUACAACCUGGCGAAAAUGGGCGAGGCCGAAGUCACUCCAGGCACGGACCGACCGAUGUACGCCGUCAAGAUUACGAGCAUUGAGAUUCUCGUCAACCCGUUUGAGGAUAUGGUGAAGAGAUCAAGAGUCGCGACGCAGGCGCCAAAGACGGUGGUCGUCGAGAGGAAAAAGAAGAGGAAGGGAGGCAAGAAACUGCUCAGCUUCGGCGACGAGGAGGGCGACGCGGAGGAGGUUCCGGUGCUGAAGAAGACCAAGUUCGAUACGCGGAUCGUAAUGGACGUGGACGAGGAGGAACCCGUGGAGAAGAAGCCGAAGACGAAGAAGGCCAAGAUCAAGGAGAACAAGAUGGAAUCGGUGACCCCUCCUGCGGCAGACGAGCCCAAGCCCACUGAGGAAAGGCGGGCGACGCCGCCGAACGGAUCCUUGUCGCCGGCGAGGAAGAGCGACAUUCCAAUUCGGAUCCCAGACUCUCCGUCCCCCGAACCCGUGGAGCGGAAGCCGAAGUCUGCUCUGGAGAAGACGAACGAGGAGAUCGCGGCGCUCAAGGCGUCGAUGAAGCGGAGCAUUCAGCCCGAGCCGACGCAAGAAAUCAAGAAAUCGGCUCUCGAGAGCAUGAUCCCAGAAACAUCGAUUCGAGGGCGGAAGAGGAGGGCCGGUGGAAACACGAGCGCCCGCGAGGAGCAGACAGCUCUCGACUUCAUGAAAGCGUUCAAGUCGAAGCUGGAGCGAGCUCCGGAGGAAAAGUCGGGUGGGCCCGUAUCUGCCGAUCAAGAGGAAAGGGACGAGAAUAAACAAGGCACGGGAGAGGAGGCGGAACUUUGUGAUUUGCACUUCAUCGCCGAUUGCCAGAGCUGCCGGGCGUGGGACCAGGCUGGAAAGGAAGAUAGCGACGAUGAGGGAUGGAUGUCUCAUGCACUCAGUUUCAAGGCAGAUAAGCUGGGCAAGGACCUCAGCUACCGCAAGAAGGCCGAGGAAGAGCUGGUUGUGAUAGAUCCCCGGGAAAAGGCGCGGACGCUCCAGGAGGACAGGAAGGCAUCGCGAGAGGCCCGGAGCGGAAACUCCGGGCGGGAAUGGGAUCAGGCACGGAAUGCAAAGAUGGCGAGAGCUUCGGCUCUGGCGGGCAGAGGAGCAAGGUAG